AUGAUGGAGUAUGUGGAGACCAGGACCAAGGCCCUGUCCCGCCAUCAGAUCCAGAAACUUGCGGUUGACACUGAUGACAUCAUCUUCUUGCUCCCAGAGGACGUGACUGUAGUCUUUGACCAAUACGGACGGAAGUUCUGCUCCAUCGUCAUGCGCUUCUGGUUCCUGACUUCGCUGGAGGGGCCCCAGGACCCUGAGGCAACCAAGAUCUUCAGAGUGGCUCCCAGUCAAGAUGGCUGCCAGCAGACCACUGUGGCCACUGCUGUCUACGAAUUUCGCCGUGAGCUGACAAAGGGGGCGUCUCCAGACUGGACCGUCAUCACUGUGUGGCACUGGCACUGGACCCUGGCCCCCGACAGCUGA